GCGAAACACGGACACAUACGGCAAUCUUUCUUUCUCGUAAGCAACACGAUUUCGUUACAUUAGCAUACGGCAGAGCAAAAGUUUCCGUAGAAACACAAAUUGAAACAUAUAGACAGUGCGUGUACAAAUUGCGAAGCAGAACGAACAACAGAAAUAAAAAUUAUAUCUUAAACUAUAUAACACAGGCUAGUGUCAACUUCUAACAUUCUAAUGGUAUUAUUCUUUCGAAUUUUGUCGAUCAAUCUAAUUCGUCCUUUCAUAUAUAUAUAAUUGAAUCAAACAAACGGAACAAAUUUUAUACUCGUGCUACAUAGCCACACAUACACGGCGACUCGUUGAAGAAAGCGGUAGCAACACUCAAUUAAUCGAUUUGCGUAUUUAAAUUUUUGCAACGCAAAAACCAACUAUAACUAUACUACGACGAAUUUCGUGGAAUUGGUGAGAAAAUGAUGAAGAAUCAGCAAAUAUUCGUAACCGUUUUGGUGUUGUCCAUUUGUCAAUGGUCAGUUAUUGCGGGCCUAACCGAUGAAACAUCAAAAGGACCUACUCCACUGACCAAUUUAACAACAGUUGCACCUACAGAUACCAACACAACUACUUCUUCACCAACACCACCUCCAACGACUACUACAGUGGCACCAACAACAACAACAACAACAACAACAUCAUCAACAACAUCAUCAACAACACCAUCGACGACAACAUCAUCAACAACCCCAACGCCUUCAAACAGCACAACAGUUGCUCCAUCGACAACACCAAAACCAACUCCUGCACCUCAUCCAUGUGGUGGCUUCAGUGGUUCAUCAUUCAUUGGAGGCAUCGUAUUAACCAUUGGUAUGAUUGCCAUCGGCUUUGUCGCCCAUAAAAUUUAUAAAUCAAAAUUCGACCGUAAUUAUCACACGCUGUAAGAGGUGGAUGUAUGUAGAAUAACAUAAAACUACAACAAACAACAAACAACAACAACAAAAAAAACACUCAUGCAACACACAUCUGUGUACAUACUUGAUUUCUCGAGUUUAAUUUCCCUGUAAUCUCAGACAUUAUAUUUUUCUUCUCCAA